CUCAUUCCUUUUGCUCAUGUCGUUUAGGUCGUAGUUCCCUUUAAACACGCAGAUUUCAUCUUCGAAGUCCUUCACAAACCCUAGAAAGGGAAAGGCUCCUUUGGAAAUUUGUUUGUAUUGGUCGCAAGAUAAUUCAUGGAGAGGAAUGUAAUCAAGAAAUCUCGUGUUCAUUCUCCUAAUGGUAGUACGAGCGAGGAAGGCCUCAUUGAGAAACUUCCUGUUGAGAUUAUUGGAGAGAUAUUGUCUCGUGUAGGAGUUGCAAGAGAUGUGAUCAGAGCUUCUCUAACUCGUCGCAAGUGGCGAGAAGCUUUUCGCAAGCACCUUCACACACUUUCCUUUGAUGUUUCUGAUGGUGAUCAUGUCUACCACGAACUUCCUACUGCUGACUUGGAAGUGUCAAUCACAAAGACCUUAUUUCAAACGAAUGGUGUGCGAAAGCUUUCCAUUGCAACUCACAGUCACAAGGUUUCAGCUGUUGCAGUAUUGGGCUGGUUAAUGUUCACCAGAGAAACGUUGUCGGAGUUGUUUUAUAGGGUUAUCAUUUCUCCCACUAUUAAUGUUCUUGAUCUAUGCGGAAUGCCAAAACUCAAAACCUUGAGUUUAUAUGCCAUAAAAGUUGUUGGGGUUGAACCAGUCUUCCAUCAAUUCCCCUGUCUGACAUCACUUUGUCUAAAUUGUUGUUGUAUUUCAGGAGAGGAUUUAAACCGAGUCCUCCUGGCUCUUCCCAAACUUGAGUGUUUGGAACUACGUAACCCCGAAUUUGGACAAGUGGAUGAGUAUUUUGAUGAAGAAGUAACUGUCAAAUUGCGUUUACCUACAUUAAAGACUCUUCUUUUCAUUCGUGUCAUUGCUCUCCAACUUAUUUUGGAGACCUGUGAUAUUGGAUAUUUGCAUGUGAACGACUCUUGUUUUGGCAUAUUUAAGGUCCAUGGCAGUAAAAACUUGAGGCACCUCAAGAUUUCUAAAUCACAUCUUUCACUUCUUGAAAUUGAAGAGGGUGACAAUCUAGAGAUUUUAGAAUUCGUCACCAGUCAUGUCGUUCAGUCAAAUUUGUUCCCGAUGAAGGUUCUAGCACCAAAGUUGAAAAUGUUUCGAAUUUGGCGUUUUAUUGGGGAACGCAUGAGAUUUUAUGGAGAUCCUACAAUAAUUGUUGAUGGGUCCGAACUAGUUGUGGAUUUAGACCAAAUUGCUGUUUGUUCGCCCCAGCUCAACCAUCUUUCAAUAUUCUAUGAUGUAAAUGAGCCUGUCAACUACAACUUUAGAGGAGUGUCUCCCUUGGAGAAUGUGGUCAUCUUGGAUGUUGGAUGGGAUCGUUUCAAAUGGGAUUGUGUCCUUGACUUCACGGAAUGGACAGAGAAGGUGCUGAAGUGCUGUCCAAAUCUUGGGAAGUUGAUUGUCCAUGGGAAGGUUAUAGAACCGGAAGAUCCCGAGUAUUUGAUGAAUCUUGCAGAGCACACCUCAUCGAUGUCUGAAAUGUUGAGUAAGUAUCCGCAUAUAGAAGUGAAGUUUACAUACAAUGUUGAGACCUUUCAGAACACACCUCUUCAGUAUGGCUUUGGAGAGGACUGGUGAUUGGGCAGGCAGAGAAGGUGCUGCUUCAUCCUUGUCCCAAAUGUUAGGAAGUAUCCGUAUUUCGACUUCUACCUCAAAACUGGGAGAUUGCUGCUGCCAACCAAACCCAUCAGGUCCAAUUUGCAUAUUAAAGCAGGUAUGUUGAAUCUUCUAUUUAAGACUUUUCUUUGAUUUAAGACUCUUCUAGGUUAUAAUCCUUUUUGGCCAUGAAGCUUUUAUGUAGCAUUUUGAACAUCUGAUUCUGAAAAUUUGAUAUCUCAUUUCUUGAAAACCUUGUGCUCUUUUAUUGUGUAUUAGUGAAAUCAAAACAUUUGUGUUGU